GUAAGCACAAAACCUAAUCAAUCAAAUUAGUUUUGUGUACCACUACCAUAUGUAGCCAAUGAUUUUUCUUCGUUCCGUGUUACUAUUGCAUCACAAUCACAUUAAAUAAAGGUGCAUCACAUGUAAACGAAUAAUAUAUUUUCGUGCAUCACAUUGAAACAUUGUUUAUUUCAAUUUGAAUUUGAAUAAUAAUCCCAAAUUCUACGUAUUCAAAUCAAAUAUUUUUACCUACAACAACAAAAAGUUGUUUUUGUUGUAUGAACUAUAGAGCUAGAAGAUAUGGAAAAGGGUUUGUUAGAGAAAGACAUAGAGGGUGGUUCAGAUAGCAUAACAUGGGGUGUAUUUGUUCAAGAAGUGAAAGAUGUUGGUUUUCUAGCAUUGCCUAUGAUUAGUGUUACUUUGUCACAAUAUUUUCUACAAAUUAUUUCAAUGAUGAUGGUUGGUCAUUUGGGUAAGCUUGCUCUCUCUAGCACUGCAAUUGCUAUCUCUCUUUGUGCUGUCUCUGGCUUCAGUCCUCUUUUUGGAAUGUCAUGUGCACUUGAAAGUUUAUGUGGGCAAGCUUAUGGUGCAAAGCAAUAUAAAAAAUUUGGUGUGCAAAUUUACACUGCUAUAAUUUCUCUUAUUAUAGCUGGAGUCCCUCUCUCUUUAUUAUGGCUGAACUUGGGGAAGAUAUUGAGUUUACUUGGCCAAGACCCUUUGAUUUCACAAGAAGCUGGAAAAUUUGCAAUGUGCAUGAUUCCUGCGCUAUUUGCUUAUGCAACACUUCAGGCACUGGUCAGAUACUUUCUAAUGCAAAGUUUGAUACUUCCUCUUGUAAUAAGUUCCUCCGUUACACUUUGCUUCCAUGUAGCAUUUUCUUGGUUGCUAGUUUUUAAAUCCGGAUUAGGUUGCUUAGGAGCUGCAUUUUCUAUUGGUACUUCAUAUUGGUUGAAUGUAGUUAUACUUGGAUUAUAUAUGAAAUUCUCUGCUGAUUGUGAGAAGACUCGGGUUCCGAUUUCAAUGGAAUCAUUCCUCGGAAUUGGAGAGUUUUUUCGCUAUGCUAUUCCUUCGGCAGGAAUGAUUUGCCUUGAGUGGUGGUCAUUUGAGCUCUUAGUCUUUCUUUCUGGUCUUCUACCAAAUCCACAGCUUGAAACUUCAGUCUUAUCGAUAUGUUUAUCGAUCAUCUCGACAAUCUAUACAAUACCAGAAGCAACUGGCUCAGCAGCAAGUGCUAGAGUUUCAAAUGCAUUAGGAGCUGGAUAUCCACAAGCAGCGCGAUUGUCUGUUUAUGCUGCUAUGACUCUUGCAGUUUCUGAGGCUAUUUUGGUGAGUUCCACCAUUUUCUCCUCUCGACGGGUUUUAGGUUAUCUAUUUAGCAAUGAGCAGGAUGUGGUGGAUUAUGUCACAGAUAUGGUUCCUCUGAUAAGUGUAUCUGUUAUUAUGGAUACAUUACAUGGUACCCUUUCAGGUAUUGCUAGAGGAUGUGGUUGGCAGAAGUUGGGAGCAUAUGUGAACCUUGGAGCCUAUUAUGUUUUUGGAAUUCCAAUUGCUGUUAUAUUGGGUUUCUGGUUUGAGUUGAGAGGAAAAGGCCUGUGGAUUGGGAUAGCUGUUGGUGCCUUUUGUCAAGCACUUUUGCUUUCCCUUAUUACAAGUUUCACAAACUGGGAAAAACAGGCAAUUAAGGCACGAGAAAGAAUAUUUCAAGGAAGUUUUGCAGCAGAAGAUAGAUUAGUUUGAGCAAAUGGAGUAGAUUCAUCAAAGUUGUCAGCUUGAUUAGUUUAGAUUCAUCAAGGAAAUUUUGCAGCAGAAGAUAGAUUUGUAAAGCUUAUAGCUUCAUUUGAUUAGAGUAAAAGAUCAAAUCUCAGAUACUGCAAGGAGGAAAACUUUUUUAGUAAAAAAAAAAUGGGAGGAAAACUUUUCACACCAAGAAAAGAGUUAUCAAAAUGAUGAAGUUUUUCCUCAAUUCAAUAUUUUGUCAAGGCUCACAUUGAGACCUAAGGCAAAUUCCACCCGAGACAUUGUAAAAUUGUCAUUAGUGUCACAGUUAUUAAUAUUUGUUGAAACUAUACUUGCGGUGGUUUGUAUUAUGUGAAAGAUGUUUAUGUGUUAUUGAGAAAUGAAGACACUUUUGGCUA